AUGGCUCGGCCAGACCCGUCCGCGCCGCCUUCGCUGCUGCUGCUGCUCCUAGCGCAGCUGGCGGGCCGGGCGGCGGCCGCCUCCAAGGCCCCAGUGUGCCAGGAAAUCACAGUGCCCAUGUGCCGCGGCAUCGGCUACAACCUGACGCACAUGCCCAACCAGUUCAACCACGACACGCAGGACGAGGCGGGUCUGGAGGUGCACCAGUUCUGGCCGCUGGUGGAGAUCCACUGCUCGCCGGACCUGCGUUUCUUCCUGUGCUCCAUGUACACGCCCAUCUGCCUGCCCGACUACCACAAGCCGCUGCCGCCCUGCCGCUCGGUGUGCGAGCGCGCCAAGGCCGGCUGCUCGCCGCUCAUGCGCCAGUAUGGCUUUGCCUGGCCGGAACGCAUGAGCUGCGACCGCCUCCCGGUGCUGGGCCGCGACGCCGAGGUCCUGUGCAUGGAUUACAACCGCAGCGAGGCCACCACGGCGCCCCCCAGGCCCUUCCCGGCCAAGCCCACCCACUCAGGCCUGCCGGGGUCGCCGGCCUCGGGGAGCGACUGCGCCACCGGGGGCCCGUCGGUGUGCAAGUGCCGCGAGCCCUUCGUGCCCAUUCUCAAGGAGUCGCACCCGCUUUACAACAAGGUGAGGACGGGCCAGGUACCCAACUGCGCGGUGCCCUGCUACCAGCCGUCCUUCAGCCCCGACGAGCGCACGUUCGCCACCUUCUGGAUCGGCCUGUGGUCUGUACUGUGCUUCAUCUCCACCUCCACCACGGUGGCCACCUUCUUAAUAGACAUGGAACGCUUCCGCUACCCUGAGCGCCCCAUCAUCUUCCUGUCAGCCUGCUACCUGUGCGUGUCUCUGGGCUUCCUGGUGCGCCUGGUCGUGGGCCAUGCCAGCGUCGCCUGCAGCCGCGAGCACAGCCACAUCCACUACGAGACAACGGGCCCUGCGCUGUGCACUGUCGUCUUCCUGCUGGUCUACUUCUUUGGCAUGGCCAGUUCCAUCUGGUGGGUCAUCCUGUCGCUCACCUGGUUCUUGGCGGCUGGCAUGAAGUGGGGCAACGAGGCCAUUGCGGGCUAUGCGCAGUACUUCCACCUGGCCGCGUGGCUCAUCCCCAGUGUCAAGUCCAUCACUGCGCUGGCACUGAGCUCCGUGGACGGGGACCCGGUGGCCGGCAUCUGCUACGUGGGGAACCAGAACCUGAACUCGCUGCGCGGCUUCGUGCUGGGCCCGCUGGUGCUCUACCUGCUGGUGGGCACGCUCUUCCUCCUGGCGGGCUUCGUGUCGCUCUUCCGCAUCCGCAGCGUCAUCAAGCAGGGCGGCACCAAGACGGACAAGCUGGAGAAGCUCAUGAUCCGCAUCGGCAUCUUCACGCUGCUCUACACUGUGCCAGCCAGCAUCGUGGUAGCAUGCUACCUGUACGAACAGCACUAUCGCGAGAGCUGGGAGGCUGCGCUCACCUGCGCGUGCCCCGGCCCGGACUCUGGCCAGCCGCGCGCCAAGCCCGAGUACUGGGUGCUCAUGCUCAAGUACUUCAUGUGCCUUGUGGUGGGCAUCACGUCGGGCGUUUGGAUUUGGUCCGGCAAGACUGUGGAGUCGUGGCGGCGCUUCACCAGCCGCUGCUGCUGCCGCCCGCGGCGGGGCCACAAGAGCGGCGGCGCCACGGCCGCGGGGGACUACGCCGAGGCGAGCGCAGCGCUCACGGGCAGGACCGCGCCGCCGGGCCCCGCCGCCGCCGCCGCCUAUCACAAGCAGGUGUCCCUGUCGCACGUGUAGGAGGAGGCCGAGGCCGAGGGACCGGGACCGGGGCCGGGAGUUGAGGGAGGGAGGUUGUUUUGUUUGGUAGCUUUGCCAAGGUCACUUCCGUUUACCUUCUUGGUGCUGAUGCCCCCUCCCGGGGCAACUUGGAGAGAGGGGAGAGGGACCGUUUCAAGGGGAGUACCUGUCCCAGGACUUCUCAAAGGGGCUCAGCUCACGUCUGUUCUAUCUUACUGCCUUUUCAAGAGGAACCCUGUUUUUAAUUUAUAUGUAGUUUUCUUAAUUUUUAACUUUGUUGCAUUUUGGCAACAAAAUUUACCUUUGCUUUGGGGGCUUUACAAUCCUAAAGUUGGCAUUAUAAUGAAGUUCCACUUGGUUCAGGUUUCUUUGAACUGGGUGGUCUAAAUUGGGAAAGUAUAUUUCCUAUACUUCUGUCUUUAAAAAUAAUGUGAACAGUGAAAGUUGCUGUGACUGGGAAGUUGUUCCGUGUGCUUUUCCAGGUUGUUUCUCCUUCCACUGCUUAAAGUGUCCAAGAUGCUUUAAGGUGAGCUGCUUGUCCCUGUUUAUAGUUCCUAAGUUAGGGGACACCCUAAGUCAUACCAAGGAGGGGGGUAGCAUAAUGUGGUUAGGGCCUCCGGAAAGUGACAAGGUUAGGCAAUGUUUAGAGAUUCUAAUGUGUCCGUCCUAGCUUCGUUUAGCAAGCUUCGGUUUCUUUUCUAUAGUACUUGUAAUCAUUCUCGUUCUUAACAGUGCCAGCUUUGCUUGAAUAAGUUAGAGGUAGCAUUGCAGUGUCCGGAAUAAAUAUUUGGAAGAAUGCGAACCUAAGGGAUGGUGAUUGGUUGAACUUGAAUUCUAGACUGUUAAGAUGGCAGCUUUGUGCCUGAGGAGUGGGUGGUUCUUUUUUUUUUUUUUAACAUCUAUAGUGAGUGGUUCUUAAUAGGCUUUGGUGAUGCCACUUUUUAAAACUUGUGUUAAAACUUUGGUAAAAAUAAACCCACUUCCUUCUUCUGGAAGGACUUAGCGAUAGUGCUGAAGGGGGUUCCUUUUUACAUUUAAGGACUAAAAUGGAUAUAACUCCUGUA